AUGGGCAUAGCAACACUACUGCCUGCAUCAACAAGCACAAGCACUGAGCGCGCGCCAACACAGAAACUAAACCAUGCAUCAUCGCCGUCAGCAGAGCACAGCAUCGUUUCGAAUCCAAACGAGCCACUUUUGCUAAGAACUUGUUCACCAAACUUGGCAUUGCAAUGCCCGAGAAAGAAGCGAGCACAUCAAGGCUCAAGCAGUUUGUUAUUCAGAACGAGUCGAUUCGAUCGACAACAAAUCCUAAAGGCGCACAUCUCUGCUGCAGCUUCAUCCCACACACUGACACACACACACCGUAUCACAGUCAUCAGUGAUCAGACCACCGGGGUGAGCAGCGGCUUGUUGAGGACGUGCGCCUCCAGGUUGCCCAGCACCAGGUCCGCCAUCGCCUUCCGGGUCUCGUACGUGCCGCUCCCCACGUGCGGCACCACCACCACGUUGUCCAUGCCCAACAGCGCCUCCGGCACGUGCGGCUCGUCCUCGAACACGUCCAGCCCGGCGCCGCCCAGCCGCCCCUCCGCCAGCGCCGCCACCAGCUCCGCCUCGUCCACGUGCGGCCCGCGCCCGAUGUUGAUGAGCACGCCCUUGGGCCCCAGGGCGUCCAUCACCUCCCGGUUCACGAUGUGCCGGGUUGCCGCGUUCAGCGGGCAGGCCACCACCAGGACGUCGCUGCUGGCCGCCAGCUCCACCACCGACGGGUAGUAGCUGUAGUUGGGGUACGCCUGCUUCGUCCU